UCUUAAAAAAAAAAAAAGAAAUGUAUUGAGUUGAAACAAUCUCUGGAAUGUAGUUUGGAUCAAGAAAUGAAGAAAAAUGGUGAAUUAGAAAAAGAGAUGACUAGAUUUAAGAAACUCUUAAACGUGACAAGGAGAAAGUUAAGUGAAUAUGAAGGUAGAGAGCUUACUUUCCCUGGAAAUUCAAAAACCAAUCAAAUUGAAAUGGAUAGUCAGAUUAAUAUGCUAAAACAGAAGGUUGAUGAUCUUACAGCAAAACUGGAAACUGCGUCUUCAAAAUGUCUAUACCUGGAUGCAAACAACCAGCUUCUUACCCAGGAGUUAACAUCUAUGAAGGAAAUGCAGAAGAAAUAUGAAAAACUAGAGAAGAAUAAAAAGAAGUUGGAACAAGUAGUAAACCUCAGAAGUCAUGUAGAAUUCAGUAUGGUAGAAUACAGUAAAAUAGAACACUAUAAACGGGAGCUUGAAGAAAGAACAAGAUUGGACAUAACAGAAAAAUUAAAAGAAGCCAAUCUGUUUUUCCAGACACAAGUAGCAUCUCAAGAAAGCUUAGGACAGUUAAGAGAAGCUAAUAAUGCUUCAAUAAGAAAUCAAAUGGAACUCAGAAUUAAAGAACUAGAAUUUGAACUAUCCAGAAUGAAAUGUUCUCAAGAAGAUUUUAAUAAAACAGAAUUGGAAAAAUACAAGCAACUCUACCUAGAAGAAUUAAAAGUUCGAAUGUCAUUGACAAAUGAACUGAACAAGACUAAUGAGAAGCUGGCAGAGACCAGUACCAAACUUCUGGUGGAGACACAGCAAAAAAAGUCUUUGAUUAAUACUAUUGCUAUGAGCCCUGUCCUAGAAUUGCCUUCUGUUAGAAAUAUGAAUAAUAGUUCACUGUUCAAUAGAUAUGUUGCUCCGAGAGAAAACCUAGUGAUUCCUACCUCAAGCUCACGGCCUACAAAGAAUGGCGUUGAGACUUUCUUGACCAAGAUGGACAUAUCUCAGCAGGAGAUGGAAAGGAAUAUAACUAGAGAACUAGAAGCUGCUGCUGAAUUUGAAUCAGACUCAUGGUGUAUGACCUCCUCUUUAGAAUCUACUUAUGAAUCACAUGUAAAUGACGAUCUACUAGUGAAAUCUUCAAAAGAAUAUUUACAGAUUUUGAAGAAAAAUUAUAUGUUCUGAAAGACAAACAUUAAAAAUUUAUUUACUGGAUGUUUGUAUAACAUCUUAAUUGUGUCCUACUAAACAUAUCGUGUGAAAAUCUUGAAUAAAGGAAAAUAG